AUGUUAUACCUUUUUGAUUUUUACGUCUCGUUACUCGGAACCGCGGUCGAACGUGAUUUUCGACCCGGCCUAUCAUUGCCUCUUGGCUCUCGACUACCGCCGACCGGGAGCAACACCGGUACAUCUGGGCGGGCUCCCGAAAUAGCCCCACGCGGGGGGCACGAACCAGUAGAGCGGCGACGGUGGCGCCGUGAGCACGUGAUGGCGUCCGUCGCCGCAUGGCUGCCGUUCGCGCGCGCAGCGGCCAUCGGAUGGGUCCCUAUAGCUACGCACCCCCUGCCUCCCCCACCUGUACCCAAAGACAGACGCCGCGCUGAGGACGAAAAACUCCUCAUCAAUGUGUCAGGUCGACGCUUCGAAACCUGGAGGAACACCCUCGAAAAAUAUCCUGACUCGCUCCUCGGCUCGACGGAGCGCGAGUUCUUCUACGAUGAGGACAGCCGAGAGUACUUCUUUGAUAGAGACCCAGAUAUUUUCAGGCACAUACUCAAUUAUUAUAGAACGGGGAAACUUCAUUAUCCAAAACACGAAUGCUUAACCGGGUACGAUGAGGAGUUAGCGUUUUUUGGUAUUUUACCAGAUGUCAUUGGGGACUGUUGCUAUGAAGAUUAUAGGGAUAGGAAGCGGGAGAAUGCUGAACGUCUCAUGGACGAUAAGCUCAGUGAAGCCGGUGACCAGAGUCUACCGCAGCUUACUGAUUUACGGCAGAAGAUGUGGCGGGCAUUCGAGAACCCGCACACAUCCACAGCUGCAUUAGUAUUUUACUAUGUAACCGGAUUUUUCAUUGCCGUCUCUGUGAUGGCUAACGUGGUGGAAACGGUGCCCUGCGGCCACCGUCCUGGACGAGCCGGAACCUUACCUUGCGGAGAGAGAUAUAAGAUAGUCUUCUUCUGUUUAGACACCGCCUGCGUCAUGAUUUUUACGGCAGAAUAUCUGCUCAGGCUGUUCGCAGCGCCAGAUAGAUGCAAAUUUGUGAGAUCGGUGAUGUCUAUCAUAGACGUGGUGGCGAUCUUGCCCUAUUACAUUGGAUUGGGCAUAACUGACAACGACGAUGUGUCAGGGGCCUUCGUGACCCUGAGAGUGUUUAGAGUGUUCCGUAUCUUCAAAUUUUCGAGGCAUUCACAAGGGCUGCGUAUUCUCGGUUAUACGUUGAAGUCUUGCGCCAGUGAGCUGGGUUUCCUGGUCUUCUCUUUGGCGAUGGCGAUCAUUAUAUUUGCUACUGUUAUGUUCUACGCUGAGAAGAACGAACAGGAUACCAACUUCACGUCCAUUCCUGCCGCCUUCUGGUACACCAUAGUCACAAUGACGACUCUUGGAGAAUACGAUAAAUAUGAAAGGGUAAAGGGUUGCAAUUCAGAACUGCCACCUGUCGCCACGUUUAAAUAUGAAAGUGUCAUGGCGGCCAGGGGCCAAGGAUUUCCCUCCAUAAAUUGA